CAAUUUCGUCCUCGCCUGCUAUACGAGGCAUUUCUCGGAUCAGGAAGUGACCCAUCACCAUGUCUUCCUCCCUAACGACCUUCUCACGUCAAUCUCUCCGCUCGUUGCGAGCAGGACCAUCAAAGCUAUCCGUUCGAGCAGCUUCGACCGCUCAAUCUACGUCUUCUACCCCAGCCUACCAACCACAAUCUUAUUCACGUCGAGUUGUACCUUCUGACCAACGUCCACCUCGUCCGACCGAGCCUACCUUUUUCACCGGUACACCACUCUUCUACAACGAAGUGACUGUUGUCCGUAAUGCUCUCAAGCAAGUUGAGAUGAAAUUACGCGAAGAUAAAGUAUGGCCUUUACCCAACUCGCUGGAAGUUCCAAACUAUGUACCUCCCAUCGCUUGGGUCUCGGUGGAAAAGAUGAAUGGAAUCAUCGGUGGAACACAAAUGAUCAAGCGGAAACAAUACAGAGAAAUGAUAGACAUCUUAUCCGACCUGAACAAGAUGUCAUACGUUGCCAGAUUGGCGGGUCGAGCAGAUCUCUCAAAGAUCGCCGAGAACGCCAUGUCGAAAUGGAUCGCUAGCCGCAUAGUCAAGGAGACCAAUACCGAGGCCGGGAGCAGAAUGAGAGGCUCAAUCGAUACGCUUGGAAGAGCUGUAGGACAUGGCAAGCGAAAGACGGCCAUGGCGAGUGUGUGGAUCGUUCCUGUGAAGGAAGCGAUCCCAUAUUUCGAGGGUACGGUCCCAGUGUCGAAAAAAGCAGCAGCAGCAGCAGCAGCAGCAGCAGCAGCACCCGCAUCCGACUUUUCCGAUAUCAAACCUUUCAUUGGCCCCGAUGGAUCCGUCAUCAGCUUCUCGGCUUCGUCAUCUGGUCAAUCGACUUUUGAUCCUAAAACGGCAAAAGACUUGCCAGUGGGACAGAUCAUCAUCAAUCAACUUCCUCUCCCUCUCACCUUUGAGAAACAUCAAGAUCGAGAAACUAUCCUGAGACCAUUACGUCUCACGGGGUUGAUCGGUGCUUACAACAUCUUUGGAUUAGUCAAAGGAGGUGGAAUCACCGGUCAAGCAGGAGCCGUCUCGCUGGCCAUUGCCCGAGCACUGACAGCUAUCAGGCCAGAGGUGGAGCCAACGUUGUUUGCUGCUGGACUGUUGAUACGGGACCCGAGAAUGGUAGAGAGAAAGAAGACAAAUCUGCUCGGAGCGAGAACACGGAGAACCUGGGUCAAGCGAUGAUCGUUGGGAUGUUUCAUUCGCAUUGUAUGCAUCAUCGUCUUCCAGAGCUUGACACUCAAUGAUGAGUCAUAAUCCGGGGGCAAACAUGCUUC